AUGAGGUUAUCACUCCGUGUUAGUGCCGCUGUUGCACUAAUUAUCCUGAGUCUCAUCCUGGUCACUCGCAGCCUGAAGACCAAGGGUGAAUCAAUUCAGGAUAUGUUGCACUUCGAUACUGGUUCUUUCCGCACAUCUCUCAGACCAAAAUCCAGACCAGAUCCAGCAUCGGUACGGAAAUGGCGGGUCGCCUCGGACAACAAACCCGCGUUGGUCUACCAGACCACCGAUAUCACAGUCCCCAACCUGGGUGCGAUUGUGGUAGGCAAGCGCAAGGAGGAAGACACUGCCUGGAUUACGGGAGAACUGGCAGAGUGGCGCAGCGUCAUUUACACCGUCGACGAUGUUAAUGCUCCGAUACAUACCCCGAAGAAUAAGGGUCGCGAGGCCCUCCCUUAUCUCCAAUACAUUGUCGACCACUACGACACCCUCCCAGAUCUCGUGAUUUUCAUGCACGCGCACCGUGAUGGCGUAAUCACCGGCUGGCACAUCGACACUAUGGAAUACAGCAAUGUGGACUCGGUGCGCGCAUUGCAGAGAGAUUUCGUCCAACAGGCAGGCUUCGUCAACUUGCGCUGCCAAUUGAGCCCAGGAUGCCCCUCCGCCAUCCAGCCAUUCCGUCAACCGCCGAAUGGCGAAAUCCCAGGCGAGGCAUAUUACGCACAGGCUUGGAAAGAGCUCUUCCCCGGGAAGCCAGUUCCCCGCGAAAUCGCCGCCCCAUGCUGCUCCCAGUUUGCCGUUUCCAAAACAAAUAUUCUCUUGCGCCCCCAUAGCGAUUACCAGCGCAUGUACGACUGGGUGAUGAACAAUAACCUGCCGGACGAGGUGACCUCGUCCAUUAUGGAGUACUCGUGGCACAUUAUCUUCGGCAAGGAUCCUGUCUUCUGCCCUGAUUUGUUCCAAUGCUACGCAGACGUCUACGGCGAAGAAGUCAUCUUUAGCUACUGA